AUGCCUCGCCGAAGCAACAACUCUCGUUCCAUGGGCGCCCCCGCCCGUCCUACCGUCCCCGCGAAGGCUCCUCCCGCGCAAACUCGUCCCGCCACUACUAUGGCUGCUCCUCCCGCCGGCGCUGCCCCUUCUGCCGCUGCGCCUGUCUCUCAGGGCCCUGGCCUCUUCGGCCAGAUGGCUACCACCGCCGCGUAUCGGUGGCGGCUCUGCCCCGUUGAGGCUGCUCCCGCCGCCAACGCCCAGACCCAGAACCAGCAGCUCCAGAACAACUGCGCCGGCGCGGCGCAACAGUUCACCAAGUGCAUGGAUGACCAGAACGGCAACAUGCAGAUUUGCAACUGGUACCUCGAGCAACUAAAAGCCUGCCAGGCCGCUGCUAGCCAGUACUAA